CUCCUACCUCCUACACCCCGCACCUCCUACACCCGGUCAACAUUAUUCUCACACCUGUACCAUUACACUUGUAGGCGACGUCUACAACCGUGCGUUACACAUCGAGACGUGAGCGCUAAGUUCGCCUGUUGGCUUUGCUCACAAACCUGACGCAGUAGCAACAGCAGUAACCCACUCCACCUGCACGCCGUACUAAAGGACACGCAUAUUUAUCAAACACGUGCAUACCCACGCAGCGGUACAUACACAGGUGCACAUAUACUCGCGCGCGCACACACACAGUGUGUGUGUAUGUACACUGGUAUAGACACACGUGCAUAUAGACGCAAGCGCACAUAGUCGAGUACGUACACGUACGGAGUGCAGCACGCGCACGGCAAGAUACACGUGUGUACACAGAGGCACGCAGCGAACACAACGCGCAGACACGCACGACCGCUCGUGUGCACGUGUGCAGACACAUACACGAGCACGCUCACACGUGUGCUCACACCCACACGUGUGCUCACACUCGCAGGUGUACACACACGUGUGCACACACAUCCACACGUGCACUCACCCACACGCACACGUGUGCACACACAUCCACACGUGCACUCACCCACACGCACACGUGUGCACACACAUCCACACGUGCACUCACCCACACGCACACGUGUGCACACACAUCCACACGUGCACUCACCCACACGCACACGUGUGCACACACAUCCACACGUGCACUCACCGACACGCACACGUGUGCACACACACUCGUGUACCGACCCACGCGUGCACACGUCGAGACGCACGCGCGCACGCAGCAUGGACGCCGUGCUGGAGCAAUUUGUGGACAUGGAGCGCUUCUCCUCCUCCUACCUCAUCGACGACGACGACGACUUCUUCAGCGACGAGGGCGGCGGCGGCGGCUCCUCGUCGCCGCGCGACCAAGUGGACCUCAUCAUGUGCGACAGCGUAGACUACCUCGCGCACUCCCUCAGCGACUACUACCCCGACGACGACGACGAGGAGGACGAGGAGGAGGAGGACCGCCAGCACCACCACUCACAUGGACAGCAGCAGCGUGGAGAUCCCGGGUCCCUUUUGCUCGCGGGGGGAGGCUUCGAAGGUGGCGUGGGGACACCUGGCGGCGGCGACGGCGGCGGCGGCGGUGAUGGGUCCGCUCCUCCGGCGCAUCGGAGGUCAUCGGGCAGAAGGCGCAGAUCGCGCGUUCACGGCGACAUGUCGCACCUGCGGCAGGCGGCCAACCAGCGAGAGAGGAGGCGCAUGCAGUCAAUCAACGCGGCCUUCGAGGGCCUCCGCGCGCAUAUCCCCACGCUGCCGUACGAGAAGCGGUUAUCCAAAGUGGACACUCUGCGCCUCGCCAUCGGCUACAUCUCCUUCCUGGGCGAGCUGGUCCACUCGGAGAGGCCCCUCCGCGCACAAGCGGGACAACCGCUGCUGUCCCAGCAAAAGAAGAUCAUCAUUUUCCAUCGCGCGUCCGGUUUGUCGCCGGGUCUCACCCCGCUGGCCGGACAUUCCCUCUCCUGGACGGACGAGAGGCAGCGCCGAGAGCGACACGUGGUCCGCACGGCCCGGGUCUGGACCCCCGAGGAUCCCCGCUCCCCGGAGGGUGCCGACGCGCCGAGAGAGGGCCCUUUAUGACCACCCCACCCCGUGCGAAUUCCCAGGCAUCCUUGCCCGCACGCGCGGCGUUCAUCCCUCCAACCGCGUACACGGGGAUCUGACCCACGGUGGCCAAGCGGGUGACCCUGUGGAAUGGACUGACACCAUGGAUAGGCUGAUUCCCGCGCUGCUGAAAAUGUGGAUUUUUCACCACUGUCCCACCGCCGCUGCGGGCAGCAAAUGAAGCCACUAAAAGUUAGUUACGGUAGAAGCCCUCUUCUUAACGACGGUAAUUUGUUCCAAGAAACCGGUCAUUACGGUAAGCGAUUUGGUCGUUAAGCAAGUAUAGGGAAUACACGGUUAAAGGGUUCAUUCGUUGCGAUAGCAUCGAAAGUUACACUUUUCACCCCAAAAACGUGCUUUAUUAUAAUAUGUAAACAAUGGACAUGCAUACAUGAAGGUACUAACAACAAUAUGAACACAUAUUUAAAAUAAAACAUGGUUAAUCAAUGCAUUCAUUAAUAUUACUGUACCUACAACAGCGAUUAGUCGUUAGCAGCAGGGGUGGUCGUUAAGAGGGGGUUCUACUGUUUAAGGACUUUAGUUUAAUCACUUUGAUGACAUUUUUUUGCGACUAAGCCAUUAGACAAAAAAUGAUUUCAGAUAAAAUUCAACCCAAGUGGGAUGCAUUUUCCAUUAAAAUGGUAGUGUGGUACAACGUGAAUCUCGCGAGUUCAAAUCCAGGUCGCGAGUCGAAUUAUCGUCAUCCCCACGAGGUGGAUAAAUGAGACUAACUUAGUGGGACAUCGGGAAUGGUUAUCUUUUGGAUGAACCAGCCCCUGGCAUAGAAAUGGGGAGUGUCCAAUAAUGUCUCAGGGACCGUCAGUGACAGGGAGACGCUCAGUUUUGGCUGUAUUAUAUAAGUACCGUAGUAACUUAUACAAAAAUUGCUAGAAUGUAAUUGUGCUAUACAAGAACUGUAUAAAUUACUUUGUAAAAUGUGAUGAAAUUGACCGUAUUGUCUCGCAUUAAAACCGACUCGACUCCAUCACGCACAUGUGCAGAAAUUUUCUCAAUUUACCACUGGAUACUUACUUUGUCGAGAUGUUAACUACCUUGCCUGGUAUACAGGAGGUUACAGGUUCGAUCCCAAGCCUGACGCCUGCUGUAUAUUUGUAGUUUGCGUGUCUCUCUCCCCGUGGUCUCGUGGAUUUUUCUUCGGGUUCUCCGGUUUUUCCCUCCACAUUUAGAAUCAACAUCACGCUUUCAGAGUAUUUGGCUGUUUUACAUUUCCACGUGGUAAGCCACUUCGUUGUGGCUAUCAUUUGUGGCCAAAUCGAUUCUGAAAAAGAGAGCUAUAUGGCUAAGUGGGCCUUUCCUGGUAAAAUAAUAUAAAAGUUUAUAGUUUAGUCUACUUCACCACGCCGGUCAAUGCGGGUUGGUUAAAACGUUGAGCAUAAACGUGGUAACACAUGAACACAGUACAACAACAGAUGCUGCUGCUCUUCCCUCUGAUGAUCACCCACCAAGCACAGCCACGCGGUCGGCCCGUUCCACCAACACACGCGGUCAGGCUCAAACAUUUCUGAGCCUCACAGACACGAACAAGGUCGUUGCGCGUUCGGUGAUAAGCGAGCAGCACCACGAAAGUGAGAAUUGUAGUUCAUUAAGUUGCACGUGGAUUGCGGGGAGAGCAUUACCAAAACCACGAACACGCCUCUCACCCCCGAGUUACAUCACCCCUCGCCCCCCAGCAACAAGGCAAACUGAUCGAGACAUGAAGCGAUUCACACCCUCCUCCCCCUCCUCCCCACAUGAUUAGAUUAUUCGUCAUGAUUCAUGGUCACGUUUCAAGUCAAUAAUCGAUGUUUUUUUGCGUCUAGAUUAUUUCGAUUAAUUUGCUGCUGUGGAUUUCCACGUGAUGUUGGGCCACUUCGUUGAGCUAUCAUUUGUGGCCAGGUCGCUUCUAAAAAAAAGAAGCAAAUGGGCCAGUGGGCAUUACCUGGUAAGAUACAAUGAAUAGUUUAGUUUUAUUUGUAUAUAUUUUCAAUGUGAUGUGUUUUUACCCUGUCUAUAAUUUGCACUCCGAUCGUGUUUUUUUGCAAUUGUGUUGUUGUUGUAUCGUUCUAACCU